GUUCGAACUUAGUGCAUCCAAAUAUUUGUUUUGCAUAUAGUGUGUGAGAUUUUAGUAAACCCCAUGCUUAAGUUUUCAUUUUAAUGUGCUAUGGUUCGUUUAAGUUUACAUUUGUUGAAACAAAGACGAACAUUCAUAGAUUCUAUCAGAAUUAGUGCUCAUGGAGGAAGAGGAGGUAAUGGACUUCCAAAGUAUGGCGGUGUUGGUGGUAAAGGAGGAGAUGUGUACGUUGAGGCAUGUGAUUCAUAUACACUUAAAAAAUUAAAAGUAGAACAUCCUGAUCAACGUUUUGUUGCAGGAAAGGGAGGUGAUAGCAAGAGAUUUAUGAUUUUGGGAAGUCCUGGCAAAGAUUGUAUUAUAAAAUGCCCUGUGGGAGUUUCGGCUGUUACCGACAGCAAGCAAGUUUUAGGUGGUGUUGAUAAAGUUGGUGACAGACUUCUUCUUGCUAAAGGUGGUUGUGGGGGAGGCCCACAAAAUGAUUACUUAGGACAGAAAGGACAAUCUGUACCACUUGUACUGGACUUAAAACUUCUUGCUGAUGUAGGUUUUGUAGGUUUUCCCAAUGCAGGGAAAUCUACAUUAUUGUCAGCAUUAUCAAAAGCCAAACCUAAAAUAGCCAGCUAUCCAUUUACGACCAUUGAACCAAAUGUUGGAAUUUUAAAGUAUCCUGAUUGUAGGGAGAUAAGUGCUGCUGAUUUGCCUGGCUUAAUAGAAGGAGCUCAUGUCAACUAUGGAAUGGGUCACAAAUUUCUGAAGCACUGCCUUCGUACAAAGGUUCUACUGUUUGUGGUAGACAUUGGUGGAUUCAGAUUGAACCUAAAUUCACCUUUUAGAGAUGCUUUUGAAACAAUUAUGUUUCUUAACAGGGUAUGA